GUACAGGACGGGACAACGAAGCUUGCGGCUCUGUGGCUGGCCCGCAUUAUGGUCACUGAUGUCACAAGCAGUCGCUGACCGACUGCUGUGUGGAGUUGGCACGAACACCUUUGCUGACUGCCCUCAAUGCUUGGAAAGCAGCAUGAAUUCGGGUGCCGUCAGCUUUUGGUGGAAUUGGGAUUAUGAUAUGCGAAUUGACCACAGCCACCUCCCGCCGCAGGUGGUGAGAAAGGCCAAGCAGACGUUCACCCCAAUGAUCUGGGGAACGACAAUGCCGAAGGAUUACAGUUUCUUCCAUCUCGGAAGCGAUUUCGUGAUGGGUUAUAACGAGCCAGACCAGUACGGCCCUGCCUGCGCAGGGGAGACAACGUUUGGCACCUUUGGCUGCGGUGAAAAAGAUUAUAGACCUGCGACAAGUGCUGGUUUUGCCAGCCUGUUCGACCCCGUAAAGGCAGCGCUGGCAUGGCAGUCGUUAGUGGCGAAGCUGGCAAGUGUCGCGAAAGAAAGCGGAGGAUCUGUGCGGAAGAUCGCUGCGCCAGCGAUGGCCCAGGCGGCACUUCCGCAAGAUGACUGCAGUAAGGAUCCCGCAUUGCCAAACGCCACGAAGUUCUGUCGUGGGUGGCUGAAAGCCUUCAAGGCCAAAGCACUGACGCUGCAGUGCACGAGCCUUGUGGGGAAGGCGACGAACUGUUGGGAUGUUAUAGAAGCACUGCCCAUCCACGCCUACGGCCGAUGCUUGGGAUCUGCCCAAGAGAUCAAGGACAAGCUCCAUUCGUAUCACCAGGUCUUUCUGGAGGAUUUCCAGGGCACCUCUGGCAGGACGAAGAAGAAGCUUUGGCUUACCGAGGUGACCAUGGGCACGAACGAUGCUGAUGAUCUUAUCACGUUCAUGGAGGAGCUAAUGAAUCCGGCAACCGGCCUCCAAAAUCGGCAGAUAUUUGGCUUUGUCGAGCGCAUCAGCUGGUUCUCCGAAUGGAGCAUGGGCGCGUUCACGCUCGGCGGCUACAAGCCCAGAACCUAUGAGGCCUGGUCAUCAAGCCUCUUUGAGCCCACCACCGGGCGCUUCACCCCUCACGGGGCGCGGUUCGUCCAUUACUGUCGUGACAGUACAGGUGGUAGCAUGGCACCACCCGCUUCGCCUGCCACAGCGCCUGCCAAAGUGGAGCCGAAAGGGAAAGCCAAGCCUGCCCCAUGUUCUGUUGGCAGCGUGGUGCCGUGUCCCGGAGGUGAGGGCUCCUGCGCUGGGAACCAGUGCUGUCCCGAUGGGAGCACUUGCCCCUCGGCAGAUGCGGGCUUCCACGGCUGCACCGACUCUAAGACUGAGGAUUGCACGCAAAUGACGGCGGAGGUAAAGCUGUUGAUGUUGGCCGCCGGGGCGCAUCGAUUCCUGGGCGCGUUUCCAGCUGACCAAGACCUUGAUGACCUGUGA